AAAAGCAGCCCUCAAGUGUCGGUCUCGCGAGCGCCCUAGCUAGAAUCCAGAAUACAAGUCUUGAACCACUCGCCCUUGCUGAAAGAAAAGAAAACAAGACAACAUGUCUUACGCACCCGAUGGUCGCCUGCUGUCGCCUGGAGAGGUCUACGAGGCGGCGCCCGUGCAGGUCAAGGACGACGAGUGGCAAGAAGACCUGAAUGUUGCUUUGAUCUGCCCCGACUGCAAGGAAAACCCGCCCAAUCUCGUAGAAGAGUUCAGUGCCGGCGAUACCAUCUGCGGCUCCUGCGGUCGCGUCCUGGCAGACCGCAUCAUCGAUACCCGCUCGGAAUGGAGAACCUUCUCCAACGACGACCAGGGUAACGAUGAUCCGUCGCGUAUUGGAGAUGCCGCGAAUCCUCUUCUGCACGGCUCGCAGCUGCAAACGGAAAUCGGCUUCGGCGACGGCGGCAUGAGGGUGCGUGAUCUCUCGAGGGCACACAACAAGAGCAACCACGACAAGGUCAACAAGGCGCUGCAAGCCGCCUACGGCCAGAUCACCGCGCUCUGCGACAGCCAGAACAUCAGCAGGCCCACGGCCGAGACGGCAAAGAUGCUCUACAAGAUGACCGACGACGCGAAGCUGUUCAAGGGCAAAUCCCAGGACGCCAUCAUUGCUGGCUGCAUCUUCAUAGCCUGCCGAAAGCACGACCAGCAGCGAAGCUUCCGCGAGAUUUUCAAAAUGACAAACGUGUCCAAGAAGGAGGUUGGGCGCACCUUCAAGGUCCUCGAGGCUUUCAUCCAAAAGUCACAGAACAGUGGUCCCUCGGUUGCUGGUAACGGCGCAGUCAUCGACACGGUCAAUCUGCUCAACCAAAAGGGUGGCACCACGGCUACAAGCGCCGCCAGCCUCAUGCCUCGUGCCUGUGCCAAGCUGGCUUUGGGCACGCAGGUGCAAAUGGUGGCCGAAGAGUGUGCCGACCAAGUCGCCCACUAUGGUGUCGCCGCGGGACGAUCGCCUUUGUCUAUUGCCGGUGCUUGUCUCUACUUGGUUUCACAUCUCAUGGGCCAGCCCAAGUCGCCCAAGGAGAUUGGUCUCGCCGUCGAGGUCAGCGACGGCACCAUUCGCACCGCCUACAAGCUCAUGCACAUGGAGCAGGACAAGAUCAUCAAGGAAGAGUGGAUUGCAAAGGGUGGUGACCGUUCCAGGAUUCCUGCAGCCUAGUUUUCUGGUUUGUUUUUGACUUUACUACAGCGAUGGUGUUUAAGGUCUUUCAUUUUUUUUCUUUCUAGGGGUUACCUUUUUGCUUCUUUCAUUUUCCUCCAUACCUCACAAGUCUGUUUCAAAAAUCACACACACGCACACACAAGACAUGGGAAAGAGAGGGGCGUUACUUUUCUCAAGUCGUGUUUUACAUCUUCUUUUCUCUCUUUUUUUCCUUCUCUUUUUCUUUUUCUCCUUCUAAUUUUUGUACCUUCUUCUAUCCUAUUUCAUCAUUAUUUUCCUCUUCCUUUUUUUUCCCC